GAGUCCUUGAGGAGCUGGGGAGAGGACCCCUCCGCACCUACUGUAUUGCAGGCCAGCAGGAAGGCGGGCACCCGGGGCAAGGCUGCGGCCACCAAGCAGGCCCAGCGAGGCUCUUCCAACGUCUUUUCCAUGUUUGAGCAAGCCCAGAUCCAGGAGUUCAAGGAAGCCUUCAGCUGCAUCGACCAGAAUCGGGACGGCGUCAUCUGCAAGUCGGACCUUCGAGAGACCUACUCCCAGCUGGGGAAGGUGAAUGUUCCAGAAGAGGAGCUGGAUGCCAUGCUGCAGGAAGGGAAGGGGCCCAUCAACUUCACUGUCUUCCUCACACUAUUUGGAGAGAAGCUCAACGGGACAGACCCCGAGGAAGCCAUCCUGAGCGCCUUCCGCCUGUUUGAUCCCAGUGGCAAGGGCGUGGUGAACAGGGACGAGUUCAAGCAGCUUCUCCUGACCCAGGCAGACAAGUUCUCUCUGGCCGAGGUGGAGCAAAUGUUCGCCCUGACGCCUAUGGACCUGGCCGGGAACAUCGACUACAAGUCCCUGUGCUACAUCAUCACCCACGGGGACGAGAAGGAGGAGUGA